AUGGUCAGCAUUCCCAGCAUGAGCCCUGCCAGCAUUUUGCUUCGGAGCAUGCUUGUGCAUUCCUCAGGGCUAUGGGGAUGGGGACGUGGGGCUUCUCCUGACGCUCUUGGUGUCCUGGCAGGGCUGGAGUACAGUGAUGUGCUGCCCGACUCCUUCCCAUCGGCACCGGCCGAGACGCUGCCGCACUUUCUGCUGGAGCCGCAGGACGCCUACAUCGUCAAGAACAAGCCCGUGGAGCUGGUGUGCCGCGCCAACCCUGCCACGCAGAUCUACUUCAAGUGUAACGGAGAGUGGGUCAACCAGAAUGACCACGUCACCAAGGAGAGCCUGGACGAGGUCACGGGGCUGCUGGUGCGGGAGGUGCAGAUCGAGGUGUCCCGGCAGCAGGUGGAGGAGCUCUUUGGCCUGGAGGAUUACUGGUGCCAGUGCGUGGCCUGGAGCUCGGCGGGCACCACCAAGAGCCGCCGCGCCUACGUCCGCAUUGCCUACCUGCGGAAGAACUUUGAUCAGGAGCCACUGGGCAAGGAGGUCCCGCUGGAGCACGAGGUGCUGCUGCAGUGCCGCCCGCCCGAGGGGGUCCCACAGGCUGAGGUGAGCAUGGACGGCGCGUGGACGGAGUGGAGCAAGUGGUCAGCGUGCAGCACCGAGUGCACCCACUGGCGCAGCCGCGAGUGCGCCGCGCCCGCGCCCCGCAACGGCGGCAAGGACUGCAGCGGCGUGCUGCUGGACUCCAAAAACUGCACCGACGGCCUCUGCCUGCACAAUAAAAGAAUUCUAAACGAGCCCAAAAGCCACCUGCUGGAGGCCACGGGCGACGUGGCCCUGUACGCCGGGCUGGUGGUGGCCAUCUUCGUCUUCAUCGUGAUCCUCAUGGCCGUGGGGGUGGUGGUGUACCGCAGGAGGCGCCGGGAUUUCGACACGGACAUCACCGACUCCUCGGCCGCUCUGACCGGCGGGUUCCACCCCGUCAACUUCAAGACGUCCCGGCAUGACACCCCCCAGCUGCUGCACCCGUCGAUGCAGCCGGACCUGACGGCCAGCGCCGGCGUGUACCGCGGCCCCAUGUACGCCCUGCAGGACUCCUCCGACAAGAUCCCCAUGACCAACUCCCCGCUGCUGGACCCCCUGCCCAGCCUCAAGAUCAAGGUCUACAACUCCUCCACCGCCUCCUCCUCCUCGCCGGGGCUGCACGACGGCACCGACCUGCUGGGGGGGGUCCCUGCUGCCGGUACAUUCCCGGGGGACACCGGCAGGGACGGCCACUUUGCCAGCGUGAGGAGCAAAGGUCUGGGCUCCCAGCACCUCCUCAGCCUGCCCCGGGAGCACGGCUACAGCGCCAGCGGCACUUUUGGCUACCUGGGGGGAAGGCUCACCGUGCCAGGCACAGGGGUCAGCCUGCUGGUGCCCCACGGGGCCAUCCCCCAGGGCAAGUUCUACGAGAUGUACCUGGUGCUCAACAAGGCUGAGACCGCGCUGCUGCCCUCGGAGGGCACGCAGACCGUGCUGAGCCCGGCGGUGAGCUGCGGGCCCACGGGGCUGCUGCUGUGCCGCCCCGUCGUGCUGACCAUUCCCCACUGCGCCGACGUCGCCUCCUCGGACUGGAUCUACCAGCUGAAAACACAGUCCCACCAGGGAAACUGGGAGGAAGUGGUGACCCUGGACGAGGAGACCCUCAACACUCCCUGCUACUGCCAGCUGGAAGCCAAGUCCUGCCACGUCCUGCUGGACCAGCUUGGCACCUACGUCUUCGUGGGGGAGUCCUACUCCAGGUCAGCCAUCAAGAGGCUCCAGCUGGCCAUCUUUGCCCCCAGUGUCUGCACCUCCCUGGAGUACAGCCUCAAGGUCUACUGCUUGGAGGACACGCCAGACGCUCUGAAGGAGGUGCUGGAGCUGGAGAGGACACUGGGAGGGUACCUGCUGGAGGAGCCCAAGCCCCUGCCCUUCAAGGACAGCUACCACAACCUGCGCCUCUCCAUCCACGACAUCCCCCACGCGCUGUGGAGGAGCAAACUGCUGGCCAAGUACCAGGAAAUCCCCUUCUACCACAUCUGGAGCGGCAGCCAGCGGGCUCUGCACUGCACCUUCACGCUGGAGAGGUACAGCCAGGCCUCCACCGAGCUCACCUGCAAGAUCUGCGUCCGGCAGGUGGAAGGGGAAGGGCAGAUCUUCCAGCUCCACGUCACGCUGGGAGAGCACGGCAGCUCCUCCGACACCCUCCGCUCCCACCACAGCGGUGCCACCACCACCAGCACCACCCAGGUGGGACCCUACGCCUUCAAAAUCCCCCUCUCCAUCCGGCAGAAGAUCUGCAACAGCCUGGAUGCUCCCAACUCCAGGGGCAACGACUGGAGACUUCUGGCCCAGAAGCUUUCCAUGGACCGGUAUCUGAACUACUUUGCCACCAAAGCCAGCCCCACCGGGGUGCUCCUGGACUUGUGGGAAGCCGAGCACCAGGACGACGGCGACCUCAACACCCUGGCCAGUGCCUUAGAGGAGAUGGGCAAGAGCGAGAUGCUGGUGGCCAUGGCCACCGAGGGGGACUGCUGAUGGUGCUCCCCACGCCUGGGGGGCCAGGAGCACGAAGCAGGGGGUGAGGAAAGGUCCUCCCUCCGUGGCAGGGGGAGGCGCAUCCGUCCUGAGCGGGGAGAGGCUGGUGCUUCUCCCGCAUCACUGUCAGCCUUAGAGACCCGUCCUCAGCGUUUACAAGCAAUCCAAGUGUUACACAGCAUCCUCCUCCUCGUGGCACGGGGAGGAGUUAGGGCUUUCUCGAGUUGGGAUGGGGGCUUUCCUUUUUUCCUUCUUCUUUUUGGGUUCCCUCCCUCCUCCUUUAAUAGAGACGAAUGCAAUCCAGGCUUAACUUCUGUCAAAGGCUUCAGGCGAGUAGGAAAGAAAAAAAAAGGAAAAAAAAAAAACAACCAGUUUCUUAGGAAACGCAAAUAAUUUAUUAUCCAGAUCUUUGGAUGUGUCCUUUUUAAAAAAGAAAGAAAAAAAAAA